GGCCUCGCGGCCGGGGGCUGGAGGACGCUCCCCGGAGGCCGGCCGGACAGACUGACGUUCCGCCUCAACGAGGGAAGCGCGUGGCGGGGAUGGCGCUGGCGCGGGCCUGGAAGCAAAUGUCCUGGUUCUACUACCAGUAUCUGCUGGUCACGGCGCUCUACAUGCUGGAGCCCUGGGAGCGGACUGUGUUCAAUUCCAUGCUGGUUUCCAUCGUGGGGAUGGCACUGUACACGGGAUAUGUCUUCAUGCCUCAGCACAUCAUGGCAAUACUGCACUACUUUGAAAUAGUACAAUGACCAAGAUGUGACCAGAAUUGAGCGGCUCCUUAGGGAAGAACCACCCUUUGAUGUUGGAAUGAAACCUCAUCAGAUGUCAUAAGAAACUCUACUAGAUGUCAACAUAACCAACCCUAUGAAUAUAAAGACUAAAAUUCAUGAGUAGAACAGGAAAAUAAUCCUGACUCAUGUGUUGUGUUCUUUAUUUUUAAUUUUAAAAGAGGCUCUUGUAUAGUAGUUUUUGUCUAUUUUAACAUUGUAGUCAUUUGUACUUUGAUAUCAGUAUUUUCUUAACCUUUGUGACUGUUUCAAUAUUACCCUGUGAAAGCUUUUCUUAAUGUAACUUUGAGUACAUUUUAAUUGCCUUCUAUUUCUAAAACCCAAAGUCAUUAGUUGGGCUUUACUGUUCUUGCUAUUGUAUGGCACAUACAUCUGCCUGGAUAUAUUUCUACUCUUGACCAAAGUUUUGUAAGAAACAAUACAAGAUUUGGGGCAGGGGGAUGGGGAGGGAGGAUAUUUUAUUGAGAACUAUUUACUAAAGACUUAUCUGUAAGUUUGAACUCAGGAGUACAGUUUUAGCUAUCUAGACUCUACUCUUAACAGCUUUUGCUUAUCACUAUUAAAGUAUUUCUUAACAAUGAAAAAGGAAGAUCUUGCUAAAGUUAAAAUAAGGAACAUUUCACCUUUUAAAUAUUUAAUUCUUAUGUGGACUUAUUUCCAGAAAACUUUGGUGAUGAUUCUUAUGACAAGAGGUGGUUAAAUAGCAUUAUUAUGUAAUGCUUAUUUGCCACAGAGUUUUUAGUAGAAAGUAAAUCAGUUUCCUUUGAGUUAUUAUUAACAAUGUACUUCCUUAAAUUUAGUUUCAUGAUUGUAAUGGGUGCUGCAAAUGCAUUUGCACAUUGCAAUAAGAUGAGAUGAAUUGUUAAAAACUAUAGCAAAAAGAAAUGUAAACUUGGUUAAAAUCCUUUCACUCUUUGUAUUUUUUUUUAAAGAUUUUUAUUCCUUAAAUGUAAAAUGACUACCUGAUUUUUUGACGUAAACUCAUUAAAUUCAAAGAAAAAUCA